UUCCGGGUUUUAUCAUAAUUUUAGUUCCGGGUUUUAUUAUAAUUUUAGUUCCGGCUUUUCUUUAUUAUUGAACUUUUAGUCAUGGAAGGUGUAAUUACCUACAUUAAGUCAGGAAAGUACCCGCCUUCAACGCCUGAAAACGAGAAAAGACGAAUAAGAAAACUGGCGAAGUCUUUCAUCAUUGAGGAUGGCAAAUUAUAUCGAUACAAAAAAUCAAAACUAGGAGAUAUAAGCAAGACAUUGUUCAUCAAGGAUGAGAAAGAAAAGUUCAAAAUUCUAGAAGAAUAUCACGACAAUAACGAACAUAGAGGAGUUGUAGCGGUUCUAAAACUUGUGGGCAGUCGUUACUACUGGCCGGAAUGGACCGUGUUCGUCAGAAACUACCGUGUCUAUCGUGCAAGCAGUGCGAGAAGAGGAGGAAGUCUUUACAAGGACGUAGUGGUACACAAACAGUGGCAGGUGUGA